AUGCCUAUGUCCGUCUAUGUCAUCAGCAUUGGCUACUCACCGCAACGCCGCUGGAUGAAGAGGAUGUGCAGCCGUCUUCCAAAGUUCACAACACGGCAUCUCUGUUCCGAGUCUAUCUAUACGCUCCACCCACAUCAGCAUAUACGACUGUCGGCCCCGAAUCUGCAACUGCCUUCGUACGACACUCUCCUACCUCCGGCAUACGAAGAUGAGCUGUGGGCGUCUACAGUGACCGAAUAUGUAAACGAGUUUAGGAUUGGGGGAAUGAAGGAGGCUAAGCUUGGAGCAGAGGAACGACAUGGGGAAGCAGAGUAUGCCGAAACCACCCCGAAGGACCCCAGGGAUAGCUCUAGGAAUGGGAUGCUUUCUGGGCCGGAUAAUAGCUUGCACGAGCUGGAGUAG